GUCUGACCCCAGAGGAGCAGUACCCAUACAUGGCCUGCCAGGACGUGUGUCAGGAACAUCACCAAGCUGUCGCCCAUGUCCAGACCUUCCAGAUCCUCUCACCUGAUGAAAAGAAGCUGGCUGCCCACAUUGCUGUCCAGGGGCCUGUCACUGUGGGCAUCAAUGCCAAGCUGAUGCAGUUUUAUAAAAAAGGCAUCAUCACAAAGAAUAUGGCUUGCAAUUGUAACCCAGGUGAAAUGAACCAUGCCGUGUUGCUGGUGGGCUACGGCCUGGAGAAGAAGACCCCAUACUGGAUUGUGAAGAACUCUUGGGGGCCUGAGUGGGGGGAGGAGGGCUUUUUCCGCAUCUACCGUGGGGGCAAUGCCUGUGGCAUUGCCUCAUUGCCCGUCGCAGCCACGGUGGCUGAGGAUGACUCUGAGGAUAUCCUAGUGUCCUGCCCACCCUGACAGGAUGGAUGGAUGGAUAGAUAGGCUGCAUCUCUUUCCUACAGCAAUCACAAAGCAAGAAUGACGGUCAGCUGCAUGCACAAGACUUACCAGGGGGUAUAGACUUUAGUAGGCUUUAGGCUGCUUAGUAGUGGAGUAUUAGACUCAGGUCCUGUUUGCUUGCUGUUCUCUAGCUAGAGGUAAGAUAGGAAGAAGGGGCAACCAGUGAUGGAACUGCUUAGGGGAGGAGGUCCUCGAAUAUAGGACACAACUGGCUCAGCCAGGAGGACGCUGUGGCUUGGUACAGGUGCAUCUGGUUUGGCAAUAGAAACAGCUUUCUACUGUCACUGAAACAGGUCUAUUGCCUGGCUCAUGGAAAGGUCUAUCCAAUUGCCCCAUUAGAAGGAGCAGUUUUAUCUUAACACAGAAAGAGCCCAUGCAUAGUUAUACAGUUACUAGCCUUAUCAGAUGUCUCUCUUUACUGAGCUUGUCCUAGUUGGUUCUGAGUGGGGGAUACAAGGCACAGAUUUGCCUUGGAAAUACCCUCUUUGGCAAGGAGCCCCGGCCUUUGCUUUUAUUGCCCAUCUGUGGUGAGCGGAGAAGGGGGCUGCUUGGAAACCUUGUUUCUGGAACGGAGGGACAAAUUUCUUGGCCUUGACAGGCUGCCACCUUUUAAAGGCUCAGUAACUUUAGGCCUGAUUUCUGCCUUGUUUUGUAAGAGUGAUUCUUUCUCAUCCACCACUUCAUCUGCCUGAUCCCUCUGGUCUUCCCCAGGUGCUCCUAUUUGUACCCAGUACUAGCAUUGCUAUUAAAAUGGCUUGGGAUUGAA